GACGCUAAAACGGAAGUCGCGGAAGACCGGUGUUCAAUGGUCUGUCUCAUCUGUUGUUCACACCGACCUCCACCUGUGAUCCGCCAUGCGCUGGAAGCUCUGUUUACUGCACCUUCUGUUAGUGGAGCAACUCACCAGAGGAGACUCGCAAGAGCUGAUUCUGACGACGAAUUCCCCAUACGAUCGAGAAAAUUCCGUGGUGUUCUACACGCAGGAUUCAGGAGCCAAUCUUACGUGCACUCUGAAUGGAACUGAUGAAGACUCCUCGUACCUCUUAGCAUGGUACUAUAACCACGUCCCUAGACCGUCAGAGGGUCGCUCCCUGGUGUUUGAACCAAUCAAUUUGUCGAACGGUGGAUGGUACACCUGUACAACGUCUCUGAAGAACAGAAGAUAUCAGUUAGAUUUUCUUGUCUUCGUUGGAGGUGCACCGACGAUUGGCAAUUAUUCAAUCCCAUUCUCGUAUCGAGUACAAGAGGGUACUCGGGUCGAGUUUCCGUGUAUUCUUCCGGGAACACCGUGGCCAAGAGUGGAGUGGUUCUCAGUGGAGGGUGAUAAUAUGACUCCAAUUGAUGAUGCUGGAAGAUUUCGUAUCAGUCCAGUCAGUCAGUCGCUCGUGAUAUUCAACACAACGGAGGACGACCUUAUGCGAAAUUACAGCUGUCGAAUUUCAAACAGAUUUGAUGAGAAAAUGCUAACCUACAACGCCAGCAUCACUCGUGAACAGCCACCACCGAGUGAACCGGAUAUUCCAUACGAAGCUGAUGACCAGCUUGUUGCCACAGCCAACACUAACACAGCAGAGAUAAAUUGCGUCCAAAGCGGGACCGCAAGAGGUGGAGAUAGAUUCAAGUGGUUCAGAAACGGAGUACAAUUUCGAGAUGGUACAAAUAGCGCCCUCACUGUGACGACGGAUACGGGUGUGAAUGGUAAUAAAAAAAUGGGGUCUGGAUUCUACUGCUGCGAGAUUUAUAGCAACACCUCUACUGUGAACAAUGUGAUUGUGUUCGAUACCCACUGUGUUACUCUAGUCUUUCGAACUCUGCCUCAGUUUGUUGAACCCUUACCACUUAUGGAUGGGGCCGCCACCUACCAUCUUCCUCGAGGUGUCAAAGCUGGGGUGAUCUGUCGAGGUAUAACGAAGGGUUCCUCCCCCUCUCCACCGUUCUACGACCCUCCAGAGCUGACCUGGACAGGUCCCAGUACUACCGGUCCACCAAACAACUUCACCGGUCUAGAGCUUGCCUAUUCUGUGAUUGAUAUAGAGCCUGCUAGCAGUGGCGUGUACCAGUGCUACGGACACAACAGUGUGUCUGAACUGAACACCACAGUCUCCUUUGAUUACAUAGACAGGCAUAUAGAUGACACAACCAGUGGUUUACUCGUUGAUAACCUGGCAGACGAUGGCUGGAGAGCUAAUGGAAGUGCAAACAUCACCGUUGUCAUGAGUUAGUAUUUGAGCUAUUAUGGGUGGUAUGACAGUCACUGAUACAAUUUCCUGCUCCACUGUAGACGAAAGAGUUUUCCUGCUUCCUAUCUCAACAAUCGACACUAUUGGAGACACUUGGCUACGCCAGGACUUUACUCUCACUGACAUCUACUCUUCCUUCAACAUCAGUGGUCGAUUCGCCUGUCUGACAGUGCAGUGGGAGUAUUGUUUCCAGUGAUACAGGUGUAUGGCCAAGAUGGCGGUUGGCUUGCAGAGCUGGAGCACCCAGAGAGGGGCUCCCUGGCGUGGCAGUGGGUACAAGAGACCCUGAGCCACAACGGCACUGCCACCUACACGAUCAAGCUGGCUCUCGAGAGUGGAGCUGGGGCCACUACUGGGAGCGUGUCGAAAAGACAGAGUGCCACUGACGGAGAGAUGGCGGCAUUCUUUGACGAUAUUAAUGUAGACGCUCAACUUUCUACUCCACCUCGGACAGAAACAGAGGGUGACAAGACAAUGUUCAUCAUAAUAGUCGCCAGUGCGUGUGGUGGCGGGCUACUUGCAAUCAUUUUGGCCGUGUUGCUGAUUGUCUUGUGCUGCUUUUGCUGCUUUCGAAAAGGAAAAGACGGUGCUCGCCCCAUGAGGAAAAUAACUAUCCUCGUGAAAAAGAAAUCUCGGAGAUACAAACUCCCUUCAACAAUGCGAAGUGACCGAACAAACUCACCGGUUCCCAAGGAGUACGAGAUCCCUCUCUCAUCUGCCACCUAUGCCACACUCAAAGGACACACCAAGAACCAUGAGGAAUACACGUCCAUUAAUCCACAGUACCUCGACGAACCGAGCUACUAUUCCACGACGUUCAAGGGGAAACUGUCGCCAGAUGAGGGCGGAGUCCAGACAUAUUUGGAGGUGAUACCGCCCAUCCCCACCCACAGGGCCUCCCCUGGCUCCCCCCGAGGGAAUUCCCCCAUCAGACCGUCAGGCUUGCCAACACUGACUCAGGCCAAGGAAGACAACGUCGACAGUCCAGAUGUGGAUGUACUGGAGGGAGACUCGAUAGAAAUGUACGAUUAUGUCAACGCAGAUCUUGGACCAGCCUAACGUUAUGCAUCACCUUUUUUAAAUUCACGUGUAAAACUUCAAUAGUCGUGUAAGAUUGUGUUUUUUA